AUGUGCGGUAAGGUACCCACAGACCCGGAUAUCGUAAUGCCGGGUAAAAAGGAGAAAUAAAACACCAGCGAACCCCUAUUUUCAAUGCUUAAACAUCUAAAAGCAGGAACCAGAGAGAAGGAAGAAAGAGUACUCCACAACAAAUACAUAACUUAUUCUACUUCCAGCGCAUACAUCGUUUCCUUCCAAGGAUACCUUAAGCCUAAGCACAGGUUCCCCCUUCCUCUCCUUGCAUUUCUUCCAUAUCCGCCUUUUGUUUUUCAACCCCCACAAGCUUCCCUGGAACCACAAUCCUUCCUAAGCCAUGACGAUUCUUAACUAGGCCUGUCUUUCAGGUGUCGAACCCUGGGUAUCCUGUUCCAACCACCCCCAAUCUUGCGUGCUGGCCUUAUCGAAAUAGCGGAGGAUAUGGUCGAAGUCGCUUUGUAGGUUCUUCAAGCCUACAAGAAGCGCCACGUAUGAUAGACUGUCUAGGAAACUUAGCCAGCUGUAUACGUGGGCAGAAGUUCGAUCUAGAACAAACCGUCAAGCGCUGUGUCGAAAUCGACCCAUCAGAACUCCCCCCGAAAGACCAAGAUGACCACAACCUCCUACAAAAAAUGCCACUCCUGGUAGCAGGGAAAAUGGAAAGCCUACACCUGAACCCUAGAUUAAAAGAUAUCAUGAGCGCAGUUUAGGAAGUCAUCCACCCAUUUCCCAUUUAUUUUUUGUUCUACUCCACUCUGCAGUAAUUGGUUAAUUUACUUAUACUGGACAAGCAAGUACAAGCAAGUACCUGCAGCCCGCUGCACCGGAGACCGAGGAUUGGUAGCAUGAGCAAUUGGUUACCGGCGAGGGAACCUCAAGUGGAAAUACGACGAGCUGGCUAAGUUGUAUUGCAAUCAAGUUGGAACACGGAAACACGACACGGAGUCGGGCACCCCAGUAAUGGGGGAGAUGUACUUUCCGCUCAAGGCGCAUAUCAAUAGGUGUAUUUAUAAAUACCUAUUGCGCCGCCCACUCCCUG